AAAGCGUCGCGUAGCUGCUACAUACGGACAGUUGAUGUGAGUUUGUCGAAUGAAGCAGACACGCGAUUACGAUCGAUGUACGUCAAGCACAAAAAAGCACACCAAGGGAAACACAUACUGAACAACAACAACAACAAUUACAUCGACCGUAUAUCGUUGCAGUGCAUUUCAAUCGAAGUAUAAAUAAUCGAUGCAUUUCUCACUUUGUAAAUGAGUGAAGAACUAAAAAAUAAUAAUAAUUAAAAUUGCAAUUACGAAUAAUGUCUAUGUGUAUUUGACAACAUUAAAUGAUUCAAAGUGACUGCCGGCAAAAGUUGGAUCGUUUUCAACCCAUUUGGAUUAAUUGUGUAGUUUUUAUUAUGUUAUUUUGGUUUUGUGAUAAUUCGUUCGACAACCUGUUCGAUUUGUGCAAAAAAAACUAGGAAAACAAACUUCGAACAUCGAAACAUUAUUGGUGUUUUUUUCCAUUUUGGUAGCAAGUAAUUGUUGAGCUUAUUUAAAUCGAAAAUUUUCGUUUUUUUUAUUAAAUCAACUUUUGAUUACAAGUGAUCACUCUCACGUGUUAUGAAAUUGGAUUAAAUUGUUUAUACGGCCAAAAUUCAAAGUGAUAUUAUUUGCUGAGAGGAAAAAUAAACUUUUCGAAAUAAAUGAACAAAAAUCGAUGACCCAAAUUUCAUUGAUGUGAUCUUUAAACAAUUGAUUUGAAAUCGUUAUCAUUCGGUUAUUUAAUUCAAUUGCUGAAUUCCUCUAGAAAUCGAAAUUCGGGAAACAAAAACAACUAAACAUUUUACAUUCAAGUGAAUGUUUUUUUUUUUCGGGUUUUCAAAAUAUUUAUGACUUUGAACGUUUGCGAACAGUGAAAUUUCCAACAUUCAACUUGAAUACAUAACACUUGCAUUUAUGUAUUCUGUGAAUGUCAGCAUAAACAAAGAAAACGAAGAAGAAAAAACGAAAUUUACUUCAAAAUUCAUUUUUCGCAUUCGAUGAAAAUUGCACAUUACAGUGUAUAAAAAAAGAAAAGAGAGAAAAAAAAGUGUACGGAAUAAAAACAGCAAUUUUCUUUGGAAAAUAAUUUGAAGAAAUUAAAGUGAGGCCGAGCAUAGAUUGUGUCGUCGAUGCCACGGUGUUUUGUUUGUUAGUUACAUUUUUUUCUCUUCUGUUUGAUAUUGCGUUCCGCUCUCUUUCUACACCAUUCAUUCGCAGUAACGCCGUUUUUAUUUAAACUAAAUUAGGCUGGGUUGCAAGCUGCACUGACACUCACGCAUCCCAUACAACAGCAACAGCAAUCACCGAUCGUUCGAUUUGUGUGAAGAAAUAGCAACAACAACACCGUUCAAAAAACUACUUGAAGAACAGGUUAUUUUCUCAUUUUUCUCGAUAUAUAUGUAUAAUAUUUACACACACGAAAGCGCACGCGAGACUCGCGUCUAGUUACUACUGCAUUCAAUAAUAUAAGCAUAUUUUUCAUAUCACAUUGAUACACAAAAGACACACCGAGCGUAAACAAAUUGAAUUGAACAAGAGCUAUCGAAAAAGGGCGAAAGACAGAAAGAGAGAGCGAAAUUAAGACAAAAAAAACAUUGAAGAAAAUUAAGCGGGAUAUUCAACGAACAUAUAUUUCUCAAGCGGCUUUGAGUGAAAUAAAAAAAAACCAAUUUACUACGACGUCGACGGCGACAAAAACCACGUGAAUUAAAAGUGCAAAGGAAACCCCCCAAAAAAACUAAAACUUAUCGUUUUAAUUAAUCGUAUAUCGUGAGAACUAAAAGAAUUCCGAGAUUCAAGGAAACGAUUCCUUCUUAUUAAACGCUGAUUCAAUGUGGCCCAGUUGGCAAUUGAAUAUAUCGAUUUGACUAAAAUAGUGUGAACACAAGCAAAAAGAAAAUUUAUAACCAUCGAAACAUUGGUUAUUCUUGGAACAAUUAUAAAAAUACCACUGGAUUAUUGGAUUAUUUGACAUUUUCGGGCUUAAAAAAUACAUAAAUGGAACUAAUUCUAGGAAGUAAUUGCAGCUGGUAACAAUGCAGCAUGCGAGCUUUUUGCACCGUCAGCGCGCCCUUAGAGGUUUGCGCGCCACCAACAAGACCACUGUUACCAGGAAGCCGUUUUCUUGCUCUCAAAUUAUUAGGAACUCCCCAGCCACGCACACUGUACUUUUUAGUCGAAGCAAAGAGUCGUGUUCGCGAAGUUUAUUCACAAACAUGUCUUCACUUUGCCAAACAAGGAAUGCUCGACACCGAACUAUUCGGUCUGGCUGUUCUCAUAGAUGGCGAAUAUCUAUUCGCCGAUCCCGAAAGCAAAUUAUCGAAAUAUGGUCCAAAAAGUUGGCGCUCAUCCCACACACACGGUCUGGAUGCAAAUGGUCGACCGUUGCUAGAGUUUCACUUUCGAGUGCAGUUUUACAUCGAAAGCCCAUUAAUGUUACGAGACGAAACAUCACGUCACAACUAUUACCUGCAACUAAAGUCGAACACAGUUAAUCAAGAAAUUCCAAAAGAAUGUUCGGAACAAUCUUUAAUAUUGCUUGGAGCGCUUGCGUUACAAGCCGAUUUUGGCGAUUGUCCCAACGAAACAAACGAUGACUAUUUUAAAUUAGACGAUUAUGUACCAAGUAAUUUACGAACGACAUGGGGAGCAACAGCUUUGUAUUCGUGCCAUAAGGAGUAUCGUGGCAUGUCACGUGCUGAUGCUGAAACCAAUUAUAUUAAAGAAUCAUGUGCACUAAACGAUGCGAUCAAUGCGCAUAUAUUCAAAAUGAAAUUGACUAAAAAUGAAACGGGACCCGGAUCAAUAUGGUUUGUUGUAUAUGCAAAGGGUAUCAAAAUAUUUGGCGAAAAUUUUCAAACGGCCAAUUUUCUCUGGCCAAACAUCAGCAAAUUAUGUUUCGAACGGAAAAAGUUUGAAAUUAAAUACGGCGAACAUAAAACCAUAUUGUAUUCAAGUUCCGAUAUUAAGAAUAAAAAAUUGUUUUCAUUGUGUAAGGAGACACAUCAGUUUUCAAUGAAAAUUGCAACGAGACUGAACGAUGCCAUACGCCGCGAAGAGGAAGAAUGUAGUUCGAUGCAUGUGUGUGACAUGUAUUCGAGAGCAUUGAAUUUACCAUACAAAAAUAAAGGCGAUCAACGAAUUUCGGUGAUAUCAAGCACCAGUUCGAAUACAACAUCAGGUAUUGUAAGCGAUCGUGUACAUUCGGAAGAUGAAUUGGAAAUUAUGAUAAAUACACCGCCAGCCGCAAAUAUUGCGGCACCAUCAACGGAAAGUUUGGCACUUGCACAUUUACUGGACAAACCGAGCGUUAGCCGACAAACAUCGUCGGUGAGCCGGAUGUCAAUGAAAGAACUUGAUGAAUCAAUAAAACGUUUGUCAACACGACAAAUUGCACGAUCGGCCAGCAAUGAAUCAACGCCAGAGCAACCAGAACGUAAACACGAUUUAUCUGAAUCAGAUUCGCCAAAUUCACAGCACAACAUUGGCUCACAAUGUUCAUCAACGUGUUCAACAAUUGUUGUUGCAACGGAAAAUAGUCCACAACAAGUGUCAAGUACGACCGCUUCACGAAGAAGACCAUCAACAUCAAGCAGCAUGGAAUUGGGCUUCAGUCAUACAGCCCAAAAUUCAGCAAUAAGCGAAUCGACGACAACAUCGGUAGAUGUGGCUUAUGGUAAUAAUGCAAUUGAUGAAGAAGAUAUUUCUGGUGUUUAUACAUUAAACAAUCCAGCACCGACUGAAACAAGUGGCGUAUAUACAAUGAGCAAUAGCGAAUUGACGGGACAAUCAUCUGAGCUUGCCGAAUCAGAAAGUCAUGAGAGUUCAUAUUAUGGCAGUUUUCAACCGAAAAGUGAAAUCAACGAGUCAACGCUGAAUGUUGAUUCAGUUGAUGGAAAUUUUAAUCAGUCAAGAAAAGAGAGCAGUGCAAAUGAUUUUCGAAUGCGGUCCGAUUCGAAUGUUAGUUCAACAUCAUUUCGUGGUGAUGGCAGUGAUCCAACGGAUAAGAAAACAUUACUGAGUGCGGAAGAGUUAACGGAUUUAAUUGUUGGCCGUGGUUCGUAUCCAUCACGUAAAACUGUUAGCAAUACUUUAGACUCGGACUGUGACUAUGUAACGAUGCCAUUGCCAUUGAAAGAGGGUGAAAGUUUCUUGCCUGGUCACGAAGACACCGCACCAUCCGAUGAUACAUUUGAUGUUGAUUUGUUAUCGUCAAAUCCACCACCGCCACCGGUUCGUAUUGAUAGUAAUGCGCAUCGAGUGUUUUCCGGAAUGAUCAAUAAAAAUCGAUCAAUGCCACCUCCACCAUAUAGUGCUCAUCAUAAAAUCACACCCGUUGCAACAAAGGUUGUGGAAAAACAUCAUGAUGAAGUACCUGCGAUGCAUGCACGUGAUCCACCGCCAUAUCCACAGCAAUCAAGUCGAGUUCUUAUGAAUUCAACGUCGAAUCUAUCGACCAAUUCAUCGUCAGUGAUGUCAUCGCAAACAAGUCAACCAGAAGAGGCAGCCGCACGAUUCAUUACAACUCGGCCUCAAAUCAAUAUUUUGAAAGCGCACACCAGUUUGGUUGGUGAGAAUCAAUUGAAACCCAGCUAUGCAGCACCAACCAUUCCACCGCCUGUCAUUCCACAAGUACCACAUUCCGCAUCACAAAAUCUCUUGGCCACUUCGAUUGGGAUACCAGUCGGCCCAUAUAACAUAGGCAAUGUUCAUAAAAAUCAUUUGUCAAACAUUUCAUCACCGUAUCCAGAUGUGAAAACAGCAACACAAACACCACGUGCUUGUGUUCUUUUACCAGUUAUUAAACCAACUAGACAAUACAUUCCACCACCACCAACAUUGCCUCGUCAACCUCCGCCACCACCACCGCAACCUGCUCAACUCGCAACGGUUUAUACAAGUCAAUUGGCUCAAUCACAAAUUGAAUUGUACCAAAAACAAUUGUAUGACAGUUGCGAUUAUGUCAUUUAUCCGUUACAAGAUCCAGCCAUCAGUCAACAAGAGUAUUUGGAUGCAAAGCAAGGCUCAAUUAUAGCAGCAAUGGCUCAAAAUCCAGCUGCUAUUCCGCCGCCGUAUUUCAUUCAUACAAAUCACGGCACAUGGGAUGCAUGCAAAGGUCAUGCAAUUUACCGCAGCACUCCAUAUUUAUCGAUGGCAUAUUCAACGCAUUCGCAUUAUGCUUCAACACAAAAUCUAUCCGAUACAUAUGUACAAUUGCCAUCUGGCGCUUAUUCACCAUUAUAUAGUCCAUCAAUAGCUAGUUUAUGCUCAUCAUAUGAUGCACCACCGCCAAUACCAUUGAGACCCAGACCAAUGGCAACCGCAACAAUGUUUUCACGUUCGAAAUCGGACGACAACAUUUUGAAUUCCAUCGAAACACUGCCAAAAGCCAAACGACUACCUCCUCCGCCUCCACCAUAUCACAAGAAAUCAAUAAAACCCCCGAUGCCGCCACCCAUCGAAGAACAAUCAGUCAAUAUACCAACGCCGAUGAUUCAGAAAUCACGGCUUUCAACUCAACCGAUUACGACAACUUUGCCGCGAACGAAUGCAUCAAUGAAAUUUGUAACAAAUGAGCCAAUCAAAAGUGUAACAAACUCAACAUCAAUACCGCCAUCAACAGCAAUCGAUAUAAAUAUCCUGCGUGAGCACAGCAAACAUUUCGAUUUGCCACUGAUUUCAGCUUUGUGUAACGAUCGUUCACUAUUGAAGCAAACAGCAUUCGUGAUGCCAAAACACCCAUCAUCGAAUUUUAAGCAAAAUACAUUACAAUCAUCAAAAGGUAAAUAUCCCGUUUCGGGCCUAAGCACCACACAAUUGCAUAAAUCGCGGCAAAAAACAUCGAUCAGCCAUCGUCAUCCGAACGAUAAAUUACCACCAUUACCAACGCCUUCUGUCAUGGAAAAUAACUACGUCAUGGAUCCAGCCAUGAAACAUAAAAGUUUUAGUUCACAACCGAACUUGAAACAAGCAUGAAAUGUGCAAACAACAAAAAUGAAAUGUAUACUUGAUAAUUGAACAUAUGUUGAAUUUGCAAAAGUAAAUUCAUUUCCAGUUUUAAAAAAAUGAGCUAGUAAAUUUAAUAAGAAAAGUCGUUUUACUUUGUAUUUAAUUCAAAAACAAACAAAAAAAACAAUUGAAAAAUAGAAGAUGUGCCUUUCUACGUAGAAAAUAAGCGAGAUACACUUUCUAUAAAAAAUUGAGGAUGGCUAAAUGACUAUGGACACAUUGUUUAAUUUUAUAAGAUGUAUUUUAAAGCGAUGAGACUUACAAAUGCUUAGUUUGUUUUCAUACGCACACACAAUCGAAUCGACAGUUCGAAUUGUGUUCGCUUUAACUUUGUACGAAAAUGUAGAGAAUGAAUAUGUUUUUUUUUAGUUGAGGAUAAAAUACGAGACGUAAUUAGAAAUUCUGAUGUUAGAAUGUUAAAUAUUACGUAUAUUGUUUAGUUCAAACACCGACACGGCUUCACAGGAAUUUACAACUUUAUGUUUAUAAAUUAUUUUAGAUUUGAACGUUUAGUUGGAUUAAUCGCGAUUUUAGAAUUUAAGAUAUAUCGAAAACAUAUAUUAUAUAUUAUGUUUUCACACCGUGUUUCUAAUUCUUUUUUACUGUUCGCAAAUAUUUCGAAAUAAUUAUGUUAGAAUUUAAGCUUAAAUAAACGAAAAAUUGUUGUAUAACAAAUCUAAAUUAUAUAUAAAUAUAUCGUAUGCGGGGCUGAAUUCGUACGAACAAAAAAAAAAAACAUCGACAAAAUUAAAAACAAAUUUAUUAGAGAUAGGCAGAGCGAUAAAUUGAACCCUCAAGUGAAACACACAUAUUUUGUAAAGUUGUAUUUACUUUUUGGUCAUUUGCCAUUUGCAAAAUUGCAAAUUUAUUUUUUCCCACUUUUUUUUUUAUUUUAAAUUUCGAGUGAAUAGAUCGCGACUACAGCUAUAGCAGGCGCUACUUGUGUAUAUACGAAGAGCGAUUGUGUAGCCACAAUCUAUUCACUGUAAAUUUCUGACAAAAAAAAACCAACUGAUAUACGAUUAUAAGGCUAAUUUUUUUUCAUUUAUUUUUUUUAUCGAUAAAACUCGCUCAAUUGCAUACAUACGCCAAUCCUCAAGCAUUUGAUGUUCAAAACACAAAAUUGCCAGAUUUAAACAAAUGAAAUCGAAAACAAUUCAAGACUAAAUCCAUGUUUCUUUAGUUUUAUACUUUUCUUGUAAUUGAAUUUUAAUUUGUUCUGAAUAAUAAAUUCAUAAAAAAACGUA